GGAGUUGGGUUUGAGCACCACAACCUGAGUGACGUUCACAGUCACCUACGGCGCCGGUUAAAUACGGACACGUGGAGAAGAUGAGCUCAAACUUUGGCGUUUUGUAAGUUCAUUCGUCAUCCUGUACCGCCGUAGCGCGCGCACGGAACAAAAAAAAGUCAAAAACAACACUUUUUUUAACACAUUCUUUAAACCUGGACGCUUCAUAUUUUUUUUACUUCAACGAGAGCAGCGAGCCUAAUCACGGCUCAGCCUGCACGCGCGCUGUCGAGAACCGAGAUUACUUUUAAAUGGCCGCUAAACCGGGAACGGACAGUCAACCGCAGCAGCAGCAGCAACACACCGAGCUCGGUUCCUUGGAGGAAACGGACGCAAAGAGGACGCCAGGAGCGCAAAAAUCGUCCGUGCGCAGCCCGAAAUGCGCGCGAUGUCGGAACCACGGCGUGGUGUCGCGUCUCAAGGGCCACAAGCGCGCGUGCCGCUGGCGAGAGUGCCGGUGCGCGAGCUGCGUGCUGGUGCUGGAGAGGCAGCGCGUGAUGGCCGCGCAGGUCGCGCUCCGCAGGCAGCAGGCCGGAGAGAGUAAGAAGACUCAAAGAAGUACUUCUUUCCUGAGACGCCAAACCUACCAGCGUUACCCCAAAACAUCUAGCCUCCUGGCCAAGAAUAUUCUGGAGGGAUGUAAAUCACCAGCGUCAGAGGACUGGCAGACGAGACUCCAUUAUCCUCCUCUUAGUGUUAAGAUGAGAAAAAGGAGAGCUUUUGCUGAUAAAGAGUUGGAGAGUGUGAUGCUGGAGCGAGAGCUCAGACAGAGAGAGAUGGAAGAGCUGCGUAGAAUCGUCCUCCUUCAGGCCGCUGUGUCUCCAGGUCCUUCGCCUUGCUACUGUCCGCUGUCUGAGACGGGCGUGUCCGGCUACAUGCCCACGUAUAAGUCCAAUCCACUGGUGUUUGACUGUGAUCUCCAUUGCCACACACAGGAGUUCAAAACCAGGGCUGUAGAGCACUGUUCCAGGGAAAUCCUCACAACACAGAAUUUUUCUGCAUCCCUAAAAUCGUGGGACGCCUGCAGCGGGACAGAGUCGUGUCUGGAAUCUGUUCUUUUACCCUCGUUUCAAAGCUCACACUAUUACUGUUGCAAAAACAGAGGAAAUACAGAGGCAGAAAGAGCCCCAGCUGACUCGUCUCACAGCACGACGCAGAGUGCUGCUGCUGACAGACUGGAUGUCAUGUCAAAGCGAGACAGCACUCUUUUCCUGACCGAGGCGAAGGUGCUGUCACAGACUGAGAAGCCAGAAAAACACUGCAGGGCAUCAGGGCUUGAAUCACUCGCACACAAGGACUGGGCCACUAAACCCGACCCAAUCAAGAAUGGGAGGCCCUUACCGUUUUCUGUCGAGGCUUUACUGAUGAGAUGAUAAGAAGUAUUCUCUGUAGAAUCUACAUGGUUUUAUAUAUUUGUAGUGAUUUAUUUUUCUAGAAUAUCUUUUUUUUUUUUGAUAGAGGAAACCAUGCUGCCGGAUAUUUAGGAAUAAUAUGUCUUAAUAAUAUGCCUUGGUUUGUUUAUUGUGUGCUAGUUAUUUCCAAGUACGUUUUAAUUUUUUUAAUUUAUUUUAUCUUCAUAGUCAUGUAUUCAUAAAACAGCCUCUACGUUUACGCCUAAGCUUUAUUUUUUCCUGAUUUUAUAUAAUAACCAUAUAUUUAUACUGGCUUAUAAAGAUGCGUAAAAGUACGUUUUUGUUUUAAGUUAAUGCACAGAGGAAGGCAUACCAUCAAGGCAUCAUUCAGUAGAAUACAUAAUGCUCAUCUUUCAUGUAUUUAAACAGUGGAGUGUCAUUUUAAUGAUUAAAAAAAAAUUCUUCCUUAAAAAAAUCCAUGGAAAUGACAAAUAAAGGGAAUUAUCAUUGCCAAGAGAAUAUUUAAUAUGGAUUUUUUAUAUUAAUAAAAUGUGUGUAUAUAAUGUUUUAUAUUUCUUAAACAAUAUAUUCAAUUCAUUUGUUUUUUUGUUUUUUUUUUGUAACAAUGGAUAUCAGGAAGCAGCUUGUGGGAAUUUAAAAUAUAUAAAUCUAAAAUGUAGAUAUUUAUCCUUAAUGAGCAAACCAGAGGUAACAGUGGGAAGGAAAAACUCCCUGAGACGAUAUGAGGAAGCAACUUUGAGACUCAUAAGGGAAUACAUCCUCAUCUGGCUGACACCGGAUAGUGCGAUUAUAAAUAAUUGCCCUUUCUGAAACUCGGUAUUAUUUGGAUAAAAAGUGCAAUUAUGUAACCAGGAUAUUAAAUCUAGUUUCAACAUGACGUCUGUUUGUUCAUGUUGUAUAGCAAUCUGUGAACAGAUACAACUACUGAAAUUGAAAUGAACCCCAUUCUGUCCAAUCAGAAUCAUCUUCGAGAGAGAGAGACUGUAAAUAGUUGCCAUGUAACUUUUACAUGGAUAAAAACUUUAUUUUAAACUGCACAUCGCUUUUGGAUGUUUUUAGGUGGUUACAGUAACUCCACAGCCUGUUUUUCUUCAAACCGCACAGCAAUUUGCUAACAAUUUUCAUCUAUAAAU